UUCCUUCGCGCACAACUUCAUCGUCCAUCUUUUUUUGGCUCACGGCAACGUCAGGGCAGUAACGACUGAAUUUGACCAAGUGCUCAGUAUUGUUCCGACUACGUAGUGGAGUGGGUGUCUUUGCGUCUUAGUUGAGCGAAAUUCCGUAGAAAAUGUUUUCCAGUUCUACACUGGGUGUUCUCUUGGGGACGAUACUGGUUAUCUCUUUAAUACCGAAUGCAUCGUCUUACACCAAAUAUGGGAGGACUUGCAAGGACAUCGGCUGCCGGAGGGACGAGGUCUGCGUGAUGGCCGAGGAUCCUUGCUCGAUCUACGAUCGAGAUAACUGCGGCCGUUAUCCGACUUGCUCGAAAGCUCAUCCAGGCGAGGCCAGCUGUGCGAGUACAGUUUGCGGUGAAAAUGAAUACUGCAAAACCGAAAAUGGUAUGCCGGCAUGCGUGAAGAAAUCGACCGGAAUCGAUAACGAAUUGUUCGCAGAGUUCAAUGAUGGGAACAACAUGGUAGUCGCUAAACGACAGAGCAACAGCGACGUGCAAUCCCUGUUACCCGAAUCAUCCGAUCCGCAAUCGACAAAGUCAGGAUACCCGUCUGCAGGUGGAUACCCCGACUCGUCAAAAAGCUCUUAUCCAUCCUCUCAAAGCCAAUCGAGACCCGAAGACAGUUCAUCCGGUUAUCCAUCCAGAAGUAGCUCUGGUUAUCCUUCCAGUUCGGGUUAUCCCUCCAGCGGUUCAUCCGGUUAUCCUUCAAGGAGUUCUGGUUAUCCAGCAGGAAGCGGAUACCCAUCGAGAAGUAGCUCUGGAUAUCCCUCAGAGUCUGGGUACCCCUCAAGAAGCUCUGGUUAUCCAACACAGUCCGCAUAUCCGUCAGGAUCUGGUUAUCCUUCAAGCUCAAGUGGCUACCCCGGUUAUCCCUCUACAAAUUCUCGCGGAUAUCCGUCGAGUUAUCCUGGUAACCCGGACAGUGAGGGCACUGUUCAACGAGUGAACACCAAAACGGUUGAUGCUGGAUACCCAAGUCAAUCAUCUCGAAGUGGUUAUCCUUCUCAAAGCAGUGGAUACCCGUCACAGACUGGAAGUGGUUAUCCAAGUCAAACCAAUUACGGUGGUCAGUAUCCUCAGGGUUACCCACAGGGAUACUCUCAAGGAAGUUACCCUCAGGGAUACCCACAGGGUUAUCCUCAAGGUUAUCCGCAAGGUUAUCCUCAAGGGUAUCCACAAGGUUAUCCACAAGGUUAUCCGCAAGGAUAUCCACAAGGGUAUCCACAAGGAUAUCCACAAGGAGGAUAUUACCAACCUACCACUAGGAAGCCCAAUGUCGGUGAUCAAAUAACCAAUUUUGCUAAAGAUCUGGCUGGUAAAGUUUUAUCUCAGGCAAUUAUGGAUAGAGUUAGUGGCAGACAUUAUUAAUUCAGUUGAGGCAAUAAUUAGGAAAUUUUUAUGAUAAUCUAUCAGUUAUUACAUGUUUGACUAAUUAUUAUUCUCUCUUGUUUUCUUCUAUUAGUCGCCAUAUAUAGCAAUACUAACACAUAAUUGUUAAAAGAAAUUGUUUACUAGAGCUUGUGAUAUACAUUAUAUGAGUUUAACGUUAUACGUCUUACAGUUUGUUGUAACUUUAUUGCAAUGUUUUGUAGCUUCCUUUUUGAGUUUUAAUUAUGUGUAAAAAUAGCGAAAUAAACUUAUAGUGGAACGAACACUGUUAUGUAGCGUUGAUUAACGAGCGAACAGGAUAUUGUAAAAGAGAAAUUGUUGAAGGAAAAUUUGUAUUUCAAAUCGUUCUGAAAAAAUUAUUUUCGGUUGCGGGGAUCCAGUACAAUCAUUUUUGGUCAACAGACACACCCCCGAAAUCUUACCCACUUUCGAGAAAAAAAUUCUUUAUUGGAAAUAUAAUGUCUGACCAUACCGUUCAUAUGUUUCACUGAAAUUUUUCCCUGCCCCGUUACCAUAUAACAAUAGAGUACUCUGUAAUUUAGAUUACUUAUAAAUGCUUCACAAUUAACGCCAAAGGUCUAAACUUGUUUAGAAACAGUCCUAUUCCUCUCAGAAGACCUCGUCAACCUUCCUCUUUGACACUGCUAUACAUAUUCCUAGUUUUUACGUUUUUUUGAACAAAUCCACGGUUUCAAGCAUAGUACACAUAAAUUUUAGACUAUAUGUACGUGAAUUUAAUUAAUAAACAGUGUCUAAAGCUU